AUGUCAGUGUCCAAUGAGAAUGGAGAUGGAGGUACUCGAAAGAGUGGAAACAAGGACCAGAAAAAGCCCACAGCUGAUGCUGUAAAAGGAGCCAUUCAGCUUGGCAUCGGCUACACAGUGGGAAAUCUGACAUCCAAACCCGACAGGGAUGUUCUCAUGCAGGACUUCUAUGUGGUAGAGAGUGUCUUCCUUCCAAGUGAGGGGAGUAACCUGACUCCAGCACACCGCUACCCAGACUUUCGUUUCAAAACGUAUGCCCCUUUGGCAUUCCGCUACUUCCGGGAGCUAUUUGGAAUUAAACCAGACGACUAUUUGUAUUCUAUUUGUAAAGAACCGCUGAUAGAGCUAUCUAAUCCGGGGGCCAGCAGUUCCUGGUUUUAUCUAACCAGCGAUGAUGAGUUCAUCAUUAAGACUGUUCAACACAAAGAGGCUGAAUUCUUACAGAAGCUUCUUCCUGGCUAUUACAUGAACCUGAAUCAAAAUCCUAGGACACUCUUGCCUAAGUUCUAUGGACUCUACUGUGUCCAGUGUGGUGGUGUGAAUAUCCGGCUAGUGGUAAUGAACAAUAUUCUACCUCGGGCCUUGAAAAUGCACUACAAGUACGACCUGAAGGGCUCCACAUACAAGCGUCGAGCCUCACGCAAGGAACGGGCUAAAUCUUCACCCACCUUCAAAGACCUAGACUUCCAGGAGAUGCAUGAAGGCCUUUACUUUGACGCAGACACUUACAAUGCCUUAAUGAAGACGCUACAGCGUGACUGUCGGGUGUUGGAGAGUUUCAAGAUCAUGGAUUACAGUCUGCUGUUGGGAAUCCAUGUUCUGGAUGCUAAGAUGAGAGACAGGGGAGGCAGAGGAGACAGCAGGCGGCAGGGUGGGCAAAAGGUCCUCUACUCCACUGCCCUGGAGUCCAUCCAAGGAGGCAGCAAGGCAACAGAACCUCUCGCCGAUAGCGAUGAUUACACAAUGGGUGGAAUUCCUGCUAAACACAAAGAUGAGAAGCUGCUCAUCUUUUUAGGCAUCAUUGACAUUCUUCAAUCCUACAGAUUCAUCAAGAAGGUGGAGCACUCAUGGAAGGCUCUGGUGCAUGAUGGUGACACAGUGUCAGUCCACAGACCUAAUUUCUAUGCUGACAGAUUCCUUAACUUCAUGGGCACUGUCGUAUUUAAAAAGAUAAAUCCUCUCCGUGGUGCUUCCUCUCGAAGGAAGCGGAGUUCCAUCCAGCCCAUCAGGUCCUCCUCACAGGAGGUCCUGUCAACAACAAAAGAGGAGAAAGAGGAGAGGAAAGCGCAAAGCAUGGAAAAUCUGGACGACAAAGAGUUGGGCUCCCCACAGCAACCUGAUGUUGUCCCAACCUCUACCACACUGAAUUCUGCUGUCUCAGCUGCUACCAUAUCCUCUGCCUCAUCUCUAGACACUGUCAAGGAGGACCCAGAGGAGCGGCCUAAUGGCAGAGGUGACCAUCGGACAUCUAGCUCAACUCUGGCGCUAGAUGACUGUGCACCUCCAUCAGCAUCCAGCCAAAGCACACCUGAGUCUGUGUUGGAUGUUUACUUGUGAGAAGAAAAAGGCAGUGAAGGGCAGCAUACCAUGGCUGUGAGAGGAGGAUAUAGAGUUCAAAUCCAUUUCACUGUAUUUCACACAG